AUGUCAUUCUGUGGAGAGCGCACAUUGUAUGUGACGUCUCCCGCCCCACUACAUCUCGCUCCAUUCAAGACAGUCUCUGCUGCUGCGAUAAACACUACACCGGCGGUGUCGGUUGUAGUUUCAACCUACCGUCUGCGUAUUUGUUACGUUUCCGCCAAACACCGUUCACCACUGGAUGUCCCACUUGCCGCUAUUGAGAGUGUACAACAACACCGUGGUAGUGAUGGGGCGUGGGUGGCGGUGAAGUGUAAGACAACUUGUGCCUUUCGCCUUAUUCUCUACAACACCACGGGAGAGUCAGAGGAAGGUGUGAAUAUCCUUGCAGGUCUUAUGCAGACGAUUGAGGUGACAAUACCAAAGAGUAUGUGUGAUUUCUUUGCAUUUGCAUACUUUGCGGCACUAAAGAAGGUGUGUGUAGCGAAGGCACAUGAAGCUGGUCUACAGAUGUGUUCGCAGAGUAACAGUAAAGUAACAGAAAUUUGUAAUGGAAUACCAUCCGAAGAACAUGGGAUAGAUAAAGAUAAUACUUUAUUCCUCCUUUCUUCUGCAGACCGUGUGAAGAAUACUGUAUCCCAUGAAAACGGCAGAGAUACUUGUACUGGAGAGAUGGAAUUGGGUUCACAAUUUACCACGAACUCUGAAUUGAAAAAAGGCAAUAAAGAAAACAACGAUAGUACCGAUUUAGAGAGUUCCAUGGCGGCUGCAGUUAAACCUUGUGAAGUGAAAGAAGUAAAAAAAGAAGGAGAGGAAGGGGGAGAAGAUGUUAUUUUCUCUAUGGUCAAAGAAAUUCCAGUUCUAAAUACUGUAAAAUCUUUAACUGAUAUGAAUGAAGCAUUUUCAUUUACUCUUUUAGGGGAAAAAGAAAUGUUACAAAUGCGUCGAAGUGCUAGUGCAGUGAUAUGUGAAUCCCCAGUAGUAUCCAUUACAUCCCCAACAAAUAAUAUGGAAAAGAAGGAAAAAGAGGUUUCUUCUAUUCAUACAGAAAAAUUAGAAUUACCAUCUCCUUUAAGAACAAGAAAUGAAUUUAAUAUACCAGAAAUUCGAUAUAGUAUUAUUGAUGGUGAUUUUGAGUAUGACUCCGCAUGGUAUGCAUAUAAUAUUGAAGAAGAUUUUUACCGUAUGACACGAUUAACACACAUGUGUAAUGAAAUAUUAAAAACUGAUAAUGAUAAUGAUAAUGAAACGAAUCUUAUUCCUAAUAUUGGACCAGGAAUAGAUGUAUCCCCAUGGUUUCAUAUUAUUCCACUUUCACGAGGAGAUCUUUUUGCUACAUAUCCAUUUUCUAUUGUUGUCCCUCGACGUGUUACAGUGGAACUUGCUGAACGUGUUUCCUUAUAUAGACAUAAUGGUCGAAUCCCAAGUAUAUCAUGGAUUCAUCUUGAGACAGGAGCCUCUAUAUCGAGAGCAGCACAACCUGGAUCUGGUAGUUACAUGUCAAGUGAUGCCGAUGCACUCUUUUGUAGUUUUUUAAAUCCAUCUUUUCAGUAUUCGAAAGAGAAAAAAACAUUACAAAAGGAGUUUCAUUCCACAAUAACAGAAGAGGUGGAACAGGAGAAGAAGCGUUUAUUAUCAUCUGAACUAGAGGAAAAAAAUCCUCUUUCUAAUAAUAAUAAUAAUAAUAAUAGUGAUGUAUGGGUACCACCACCGUUGCUUUUUUCUUCAGAUGAAAAUGUUAAUGAUCUUCAAUCUGUUACAUCAGAAAGAGGUCGGUUAGUUUUUUUUGACUGUCGAUCUCGUGCAGCGGCAGCCGCUAACUUCCCAACUGGUGGUGGAUUUGAAAUUGUACGUAAUUAUGAUCAUGCCGAUAUUCAGUUUUUAAAUUUAGAAAAUAUUCAUGCCGUACGUGCCGCUUUUUCAAAACUUGGAAAACUUUGUAUGACUCUUCAACGUCAUGAGUGUGAGUGUAAUAUGGGAACGGAAAAACAUCCUGGAAGUUUUUUUUUCUCUAAACUUGAUGCCACAGGAUGGCCUGAAAUGAUUACGAAAAUUAUUUGGUCCUCAUGGGUCGUUACUGAGAAAGUUGUAGCGGGCGAUAGUGUGUUGGUGCACUGUACAGAUGGAUGGGAUCGCACAACGCAAGUGGUAUCACUUGCCAUGUUGCAAUUGGAUGGAUAUUAUCGAACUAUUGAGGGAUUUUGUGUGUUGAUUAUGCGGGAAUGGUUAGAGAUGGGGCAUCGCUUUGCCGAUCGCUGUGCAAAUAACCGAUCUGGUGAAGAUGCUGUGAGUUUAGAUGCGGCUGGAGAAGAUGAUAACCCAAAUGCAAUGGAAGAGGCCACGAAAGGGAGAGCAAGAACUCUUGGAAUAACGGCAGCAAAGAAUUUUGUAAUAGGUGAAAAUAAAGGUACUCAAAUUUCUCCCAUUUUUGUACAGUUUAUAGAUGCUGUAUAUCAACUCGUACGACUUUUUCCAAGUGAUUUUGAAUUUACUCCAAAAUUUUUACAGUAUCUUCUUGAUGAGGUUUACAGUUGCCGUUUUGGAACUUUUUUAUAUAAUUGUCAUCGAAUUCGUUACCGGCGUGGAGGUAUAACCCAUCGAACGGCAUCCUUAUGGGGUGAAGUGGAAGCGCUGGUGCGAUUUGAACGUGAAAAUCCCUUUUCUGUCCCUGCACAUGAGAAACUAGUGAAUCCGUUUUAUAUCCCUCUUGAUGCUUAUAAGGGGGAAAUAUUAAUAAAGGCAAAUGAACCACAACGGAGUAAAUACUUGAUAAGACGUCUUGUUCCUAGUGGUUUGAGUCCUCGUUAUGUCUUUUGGCACUCUUAUUACUGUCGUUAUAAUUUUACGAAUGUAACAAGUGGUGUUGGUUUUGUUGGUCUUGAGCCAGAUAAUUUAGUUCCACUCAUGGAUAGUUGGUUAUGGUACUCUCAAAAACAAAAUAUUGAUAUAACCACAAAAGAUAAAACGAGAGAGAAGAAAUCAGAAAGUGAUGAUAGUUUACGCAGUAUGUUUCUAAAUCGAAUCCCUGUUGUUAAUCAUGUUGCACGUGAGUCUCCUGGUUCUUCUAGUACUACUACUACUACUACUACUACUACUACUACAUGUGUGGAUAAGCAAAUGGAGUCUCUAAAUAAUAAUAACAAUGCUCAUACCGUACUAAGUAUUCAACCUAAUGUUGGGACUGCUUCUAUUAUUAAAGUAACAUCCUGCAAAGAUGUAAUUGACUCUGUGAGUGAUGGUAGUUGUGGAGAUGGAGAAUCAACAUCUCUUCACGUGGCUCCUACUCCUUUGAGUAUGAAUCUCUCUUCUUUACCAUCCACUAUAUGUCUCAGUAGCAAUAGUGGUGUAAUACACCGUUUAGGAAAUGAAAAUUUUAUUCCCAGAUCAAAAGCUACUUCAUGUGAGGUCUGUGCAAAGCCGUUUACUUUCUUCUUUCGACGACAUGCCUGUCGUCACUGCGGCCGCGCUGUUUGUACUCAAUGUGGGGGUCGCUUUCUGCGAUUGCCGUCGUUACUCAUUUCUCUUUACGAAGAUCGUGAGGCGACACGUCCCGUACGUAUUUGCAGUAUCUGCUACAGUAAGGUCGUUUCUCAUGCAAUAAGGGGUUGUGAGCGUCAGCUGUAA